CAGAGAAAGAGCUUUUCCAGAACCCUCAAACAUAAAUUUGUCCCUGGAAAUCACAUCUGGGAUUUAUUCUGGUGGUCAAAUGGUGGAAGCUAUCUCUAGGACCUAGUAUUUCUGCCUCACUCGUCUUCCUCACUUUUCUCCGUGGCUCGAGCCACGCGGAAUUGGGCGCGCGGGUGCUUCCGUUACAGGUGAAAGGCGGGAGCCAAUAUCGAAUAUAAUUGUGAACCACGGCACUUGGAUACAGAUGGACAGAGCUACAUUCGGUCUUUUGGAUUUUUCAGGGUUUGGAAUACAAUCAACAUUUUUACGCGCACUCCGAGUACAUUGCCAAAUCUCCGUGGUGUAAUUUAGAUAAUGCACAGUGCUCUUGGGUGCAACUUUACAGCUGAGUUCUCAGAAAUAAAAUCAAAGGGGGGAUACCUUGCGCUAGUCAGGUAGCCUAGCUGUCAAUCGCCUCAUUGUUUUUCUGCGUCUAAGUGACAGUUGCCUUGAAGGUUUGGAUUUCAGCAAUGAGCAAGCGGUUGGAUUUAUCACAUUAUCUAGCGGUGUUCUUCUCGAUGAUGGUACUGUGGCAGUCAAGAUCAAGAGUGGAAUCAUCGGCAUAUGCUUCAGAAGCCUUCAAAAACAAUAUCACUCUGUUCACCCGGAUCUUGGACAGCCUUCUGGAUGGCUAUGACAACCGAUUACGACCUGGACUUGGCGAUCGGGUGACAGAGGUGAAGACUGAUAUUUAUGUCACAAGUUUUGGUCCAGUGUCAGACACAGACAUGGAAUACACCGUGGACGUGUUCUUCCGUCAGAGCUGGAUUGACGAGCGGCUGAAGUUCAACGGGCCGAUGAAUAUCCUGCGGCUGAACAACCUGAUGGCCAGUAAGAUCUGGACGCCAGAUACCUUCUUCCACAAUGGGAAGAAAUCUGUCGCUCACAACAUGACCAUGCCCAACAAACUGCUCCGGAUCAUGGAGGAUGGAACACUGUUGUACACUAUGAGGUUAACGGUCCAGGCGGAAUGUCCCAUGCACCUCGAAGACUUCCCUAUGGAUUCCCACUCCUGUCCACUGAAGUUUGGCAGCUAUGCUUACACAAUGGCUGAAGUGACGUACAUUUGGACUCGAAAUGCAUCAGCGUCAGUGGAGGUAGCAGGAGAUGGAUCCAGACUGAACCAGUAUCACCUUCAGGGCCAAACUGUCGGGACAGAGACCAUUAAAUCAAGCACAGGUGAGUACACCGUCAUGACAGCCCACUUCCACCUGAAGAGGAAGAUUGGCUACUUUGUGAUCCAGACUUACCUGCCCUGCAUCAUGACCGUCAUCCUCUCCCAGGUCUCCUUCUGGCUCAACCGAGAGUCUGUACCCGCCAGAACUGUCUUUGGUGUGACCACUGUGCUCACUAUGACGACGCUCAGUAUCAGUGCCCGUAACUCUCUGCCGAAGGUGGCCUACGCCACGGCCAUGGAUUGGUUCAUCGCAGUGUGCUACGCCUUUGUGUUCUCUGCCCUCAUCGAGUUUGCUACAGUCAACUACUUCACUAAAAGAGGCUGGGCCUGGGACGGCAAAAGUGUGGUCAACGUCAAGAAGAAGGAGGCAUCCGUCACGAAGAAGAACAAUGCCUACGCUGUUGCCGUGGCAAACUACGCUCCGAACAUCAUCAAGGACCAAGGUGGUAUGCCCACCAUCUCCAAGAGUGCCACCUCUGACCCCAACAAGGCCAAGCCAGAGGUCAAGCCCGAGCAGAACAAGAAGACCUUCAACAGCGUCAGCAAAAUCGACCGUAUGUCCCGGAUCAUGUUCCCUGUGCUCUUCAGUGGUUUUAACCUGGUCUACUGGGCCACCUACCUGAACAGAGAACCAGUCAUAAAGGACAUGGUCCCGUCCAAAUGAAUACAAAAUAUUCACUUUGCAAGGAGACAGGAUUCACUUUACACAGCUGACCCAGGACUGAUGAUCUGUGUGCUUUUAUGUGUGUGAGUUUGGUUACAUGGAGCCGUGGCAUGCACUGGAGUCAAUAUGGUUGCUUUCUUUUGUAGGCGCAUUCAUUACGAGGAGAUACCCAGGUAAAUGAUUACUAACUUCUAGUUGAAUUGUAAUUUGUUUGAGAGAUUAUACUUGUAAAGAGGUUAACAUUUAACAAUUGUUUGUUUAUAGUGAUGUAAGGAUCUUAUAGUUACAUAAAUAAAGAAACCACUGGUGCUUUCUCUACCUUCUAUUUGAACCUCCAAGAAACCAACUGCCAUAAUUCAGUCAACACAAAAAAUAGUUACCAAGUCCUAGUUAUAACCCUGUAUUGAAGACUCCUGUAUAAGAAAGCACAGACAACCAUUUCCUGUUUUUGUUCCAUUAUUAACCUAUAUCAUGCUCUUCAUAUCUUACGAUUUAAUCGGAUCAAAUUCACAAGUUGGAAAUAAAGACCGUACAGUCA